AUGCACACACACAACUCGGCCAAUCCAAAGCGGGCACUCUCAGCGUCAUCCGUCGCACCUUCCCCGCAGUCCUUCGUUUUCAAGUCGUCUCGCUAUACCGCUGUGGACCCAGAUGUACAACCCGGCUGGGUCCGCAGACGCCCAAAGCUCUCGGACACGCUACUACGCAGCCAUGCGACGGGCGCUACCAACGUCGUCGACAGCCCCAACGGCUUCAUUCCAUUGCCGAACGCCAAAACCUUUCCCCAAAGUCUGUCGAGGCUGCCAAUAUUCCUUCAGGCCAACGGACUCGCUCCCAUCGAAUCCCUGCCAACCAGCUCAUACCUAUCCCCAUCGCCACCCCCUUCACCGAAACCAUUGGCCCUCACCACCCCGCAGUCCACCCCAGCCCUGUCUUCCGCUUCCUUUUCUCCGGUGUCGCCUUCGAUCCUUCGCACACCACCGGACUCGCUAUCUUGCGUCAACACACGUCCGAAGAACACGCACAGUCUCAGCCUCACGGAGGUUUUCGCCGAGUUGCGGACGCCACCUGCUACGGCUAGCGGUGGUGCUGUCUCCAAGUAUGGGCUGGGACCAUCGGGCAGCUACUUCCCUCUCGUUUCUGAAGAAACGACUCCGUCUCGAAAGUCUUACACCCCAUCGGAGUCGGACAUGCAAGACAGAAGUGUCAAGAUGAAGGUUAUUGAGAACGCGGAAGCGUUACUGCGCGCUUUAGAAUGGCAAGGAGCUGGAGCGAGACUGCGGGAACGUUCAGAUGAGCUGGACGCGAUAACGGAGAAGUUGGCUGCUUUGUCUUUGGAAUCUGCAGGAUCGGAUACUGCAUCUUCGGUUGCAGACUCGGAGCAUGAACAAGAUGUCGGCUGA